AUGCCAGGCAAACACGUCGCAGGCGCUACGGCUGAGCCUUGCCGCAGGUGCAAGGACAACAUCUCAGUUCUUGUAGUGCGGUCGGAGCCACUUUGCCACGACUGCUUCGCCAGAUAUGUGCACACAAAAUGUAUCAAACGUUUAGAGACUUUCCGUGUAAAUUUCGCCGCCGAGGACCAACGGCGUAGGAUUUUGUUACCUCUCUCUUUUGGAGUUGCCUCAACCACUCUACUUCACAUCUUAGACCUGCACCUCAAAACGCAGAGGAGCAAGACUGGCCGUACUGGCUUCGUUAUACACGUGAUAUCGAUCCAGGACCCCGAGGAAUCCCUCCCCACCGACAGGCUACUCGAAAAAACUCGGGAAAACUAUCCGGAUCAUCAGUAUGCGUCGCUGCCGCUGCACGAUGUGUUUCGCCUUAUUCCAGACGAUGCAUCUCUUCGAGACUUGGUACCAGAGCCAACAGGAAAGCAAAACCUGGCUCCUGGGGAAUAUCUCGCACAUUUGAUCGACUCACUCACUUCAGCCACGGCUCGUGCAGAUGUUCUUACCACUCUCCGGACGAGACUGAUUGUCGAGCAUGCUAGGCUGAAUGGAUGCGAAAGCAUUCUUUGGGGCGACAGUACAACCAGACUGGCCGAGAAGACUCUUGCCGAGACUGCAAAAGGCCGAGGAUUCUCCCUCCCAUGGCAGACAGCGGACGGCCUGACACCCUUUGGCAUGAACUUCCACUAUCCACUGCGCGACGUUCUCAAAAAAGAGCUAGUUGCGUACAUCAACAUGUCAGAGAAUAAACUAGCUUCACUUGUACACGAGUCUUCACCGGGCGCCACGCAAGCCUCCAUGAGCUCAAAGAACACUACAAUCGACGACCUCAUGAAGCAGUAUUUUGAGUCUGUCGAAGAGAACUUUCCGAGCAUAGUUUCAAACGUUGUCCGCACCGCAGGAAAGCUUGAGAUAGCAGCAAGCACAACUUCAGAUCUACACUGCAGUCUUUGCAGCAUGCCUGUACCAGGUGGGCGAUUUGGCAUUCAUGGGUGGGGCGGCGAUCAGCAAGAUGGAAUUGAUGUCCAGUCCGCGGAGGGUAGCAGCAGGCUUUGCUACGGGUGCACAAGGUCGAUCCCUCAGGCUUCUAGAAAAGCAAAUGGCACUUGA